GCUCUACCCUAGCCUGUCUGACAGGAGCUCUGCUCGCAGGACACACCUCUCCUGCCUGCAAGCCUUGUGCUCUACCUGUUCAGCUUCCACUGUAGGACACUCUUACUACUGUAUCAAGCGUAACUCCAUUCACUAGAGACAUGGAGCACUGGACUUUUCUGCAUCUUAGGGGAGUCAGAUAUCCCACAUUUUUUACUUCCAAAGCCUAAUUGAUCCUCAAAAGAGCCAACCCCCCAUAAGGGAGACGUCACACAAUGGUCGGCUUUACCACCACCCAAGAAGUCUUGGUUAUCGCCAUAUUGAUGCUUCAUUACACAUCUAGCGAACCAAGACCCAGCAAUAAGAAUUCUUCUUCUUUGAGCUUCACCCAGAGUUCGUAUCACACAAUGAUCCAUGAAAAUUCUGCUCCUAAGACCUAUGUAUCGAGUCAAGUAAAGAUGGGGGUUUACUUGAAGGAUCCUCAAUGGACGAUAAAGUAUCGGAUUGUAUCUGAAGACCCAUCUGGACUUUUUAAAACAGAGGAGAUGGUGGUUGGGGAUUUCUGCUUUUUACGUAUAAGGAUAAGGAGCGGCAAUACAGCCCUAUUAAAUAGGGAAGUUAAAGACAAUUAUCAGCUUCUCAUUCAUGCCACAGAGAAGUCUUUGGAUUACGAAGCAUGGACUAAAGUAACUAUCCAAAUUUUAGAUAUAAAUGAUCUAAGGCCUCUUUUUUCAACAACAUCAUACAAAUUUACAGUUACUGAAGAUGAUCCUCUUAAGACUAUUUUGGGUAAGAUAAGUGCCACAGAUGCUGAUUUAGGCCAGAAUGCACUGUUCUACUACACCUUCAACACCAAGUCCUCAUUCUUCAGUAUCCAUCCAACUAGUGGCACUGUCAUGCUUAUUGGACACUUGAACGCAACGCAAACAAAUCUUCAUAAGUUGGAAAUUUUAGCUGUUGACCGUAUGAGAAAAAUUGCAGAGGGCAAUGGAUUUGGGAAUGUAGCUUCUAUGGAGGUAUUGGUGCAACCAGCUCUGAGGAAGCCUCCUUUCAUCUCGUCUGUUACAAUGGCCAAGGCUGAUUCUUCUGAGAGGCUCCUUUAUGCAACUGUGGUCGUGGAUUUUAUAGAUCCAGGGUGCAGUAUAGAUUCCGUUGAAAUCGUAGAUGGUGAUUCCUUUGGUUACUUCAAAGUUUUAAGGUCUUACGUGGGAAAAAAUGAAUUUACUGUGGUAUCCACUGCACAAAUAAACUGGCUGGAACACUCACAAGGCUUUAAUCUGAGUCUUAGAGCCAAAGACAAGAGCAAGCCACCAGUUUAUUCCCCCAUCAAAACUAUUUAUGUCCCUCCAUGGAGAUACGCCACAGCAAGAUUUGAACAGGAUGUGUAUAAAGUGCAGAUAAGUGAAUGUUCCCCUCCCCAUAGUCAGGUUGUAAUGGUCAAAUUUCAUCCUGAAGCUCCAUCAGGUGGAUACUACUUAAAAACAUCUACCGAUAAGUUUAGGCUUAUAAGCAAAAGUGGUCUGAUAUUCACCAGUAAACGUAUGGAUAUAAAAGAUGAGUCUCAGUUCCAUUUGGAGGUGACAGCACUUGAUGGCCAGGUCUCCACCAUGGUUAUUGUUGACCUUAUUGACUGCAAUAAUCACUCGCCUGUAUUUACUCUGUCCAAAUAUGAGGGAACAUUCAAUGAAAAUUCUCCUAUCGGAACAAAGAUAUUAAAAGUUUCUGCAACUGAUGCAGACAAGGGGAACAAUGGCAAAAUAAACUACAAACUGGUGAGUCCAAAAUCUACUCCAUUUGUAAUUGACCCAAUAACAGGAGUUAUUUCUAACAGUAAGAUGCUUGACUAUGAGUUAAAUCAAAGAUUAUACCAUCUGAAGGUCUGGGCAUCAGAUCUGGGCUCACCUUAUCGUAGACAGACUGAAGUUUAUGUUUCUCUCAUUAUGAACAAUCUGAAUGACAACGCUCCAGUUUUUGAGAAGGUCAACUGUAAUGUAAGCAUCACAAGAGACAUGCCCACCAGGGAAAAGGUGUUUGAACUCUCCGCAGUGGAUGUCGAUGAGCUCCAGACCAUACAGUACCAAAUUGUGUCUGGCAACGAGCUACAAAAGUUCCGCUUAGACCCCACAUCUGGAGAAAUAACAGUCAGAGAUAGCUUGUAUGACCUCCCAUCUUCAGACCCUUUUGUCUCCUUAGUGGUUACUGCCACUGAUGGUGAAAAUGAAGCUGUGCCCACAUUUAUCAACAUCACAAUAUUAAAUGAAGGUUCCUCCAAAACUCUAAAUUGUGUAGAAACUGGUGUGGUUAACAAGAUAAUGGAAAACAUGAAAAAUGCCUUCAUCUUACAAGAUAAAGCACAAACCUAUGAGGAGGACAUAUCAUUUAACAACCAUCUCAUAAACAAUCACAUUCCCCAUUUUGAUGACGAUUUUCCAGUAUCUAUUGAUGUGGCCGAGGAUACAGUUGUCAACUCUUCCAUUGCUUUAUUGACUGCCAUUGACCUGGAUACUGGUUUUAAUGGCAAACUAGUCUAUGUUAUAUCUCAAGGGAGUGAUGAUGGCUGCUUUGACAUCAACAUGGAAACUGGGGAGCUAUUUGUCUCUUCUCCUUUAGACCAUGAAUCUACCAGUUCAUAUAUCCUUAAUAUAACAGUUUAUGAUCUUGGUGCACCUCAAAAAUCCUCUUGGAAGAUUUUAGCUAUUAAUGUGUUGGAUGUAAAUGAUAAUGAACCAAAGUUUCCUUCCUCGGGGUACUGUGUGAGGAUUCAAGAGGAUGCUAAGAUUGGUAGUGUAGUUGUUAAAGUAAAGGCAGAUGACAUCGACAAGGAGGACAAUGGCCGAGUAAGAUACACACUUCUAACACCAACUGAUAAAUUUGCCAUUGACAGUGUCACAGGUGACUUAACAGUGAAGAGCAUGUUGGACAGAGAGCUGUUGCCAAAAUAUAAACUCAAAGUAGAAGCCAGAGAUCAGUCGAAGAAAGACGGGCAACUUUUUUCUGUCACCGAUGUGGUUAUAACGUUGGAAGAUGUCAAUGACAAUGCCCCAUAUUGCCGGCCAGUCACUGCCAAUGUAAAAGUUGCAGAGGACCUUCCUGUAGGAACUGUAUUGUACUUUGUGGAUGCUCAGGACUUGGACAUGGGACCCAAUGGAGAUGUAUCCUAUUCCCUUAUUAACAGUGAGCAAGGGGUAUUUCGUGUGGAAAAAUUUACUGGAGCUUUGAUCUUAGAAAAGGAUCUUGACUUUGAGACUAAAUCCUUCUAUAAUUUGAGUGUCAGAGCUACAGAUGCCGGACACCCAUUCCCACAUUCGUCUGUAUGCCAUGUGGAGGUGGAAGUCCUGGAUGUAAAUGAAAACCUACAACCACCUUUAUUCAAAAAUGUUGUCUUCACUGGGUCGGUAUUAGAAAACUCGCCCCCUGGCACACUGGUUCUUUCCAUCAUGGCUCAAGAUGAAGAUAAAGGAAAAGAUGGUGAAAUACGUUAUUCAAUAAAGGAUGGCACACACCUCUCUGUUUUCAGCAUAGAUGAGGAGACAGGGUUAAUCCGGACAGAAGCUCCGCUAGACCGGGAGUCUGCUUCCCGCUAUUGGUUGACCAUCUGUGCUACAGACUUGGGCUCUAUUCCUCUGUCUUCGGUAGCUGAAGUUUACAUUGAAGUUGCAGAUGUCAAUGAUAACAUCCCUCAGUUAUCCAAGGCGGUAUUCUAUGCUUCCGUGCCUGAAAAUUCUCCUUCUCAGGUUUCCAUCAUACAACUAGAUGCCACAGAUGCAGACACCGUUUCAGCUGGCAAACUUUCCUUUCAUUUCUCCAGUGGAAAUAAUCAAGGUUUUUUCACAUUGAACCCAAGCACUGGUUUGAUUUCUACAACUGAGAAACAGCUAGACAGAGAAAAUCGUGAAGAACACAUUCUUGAGGUCACAGUGUCAGAUAAUGGGGCGCCUCCUCUUCAGUCCGUCUCUCGCGUGGUCAUAAAAGUCUUAGACGUAAAUGACAAUACUCCAACAUUCUCCCAGAAACUGUUCACUGUACAACUUCCAGAACGUGUUGCCUCUUCUGAACCUUCUCCCAUCUACAGACUGAUAGCUAUGGACCGAGACCAAGGAAUCAAUGGCCAAGUGACAUACAGUAUUCUGGAACAAAAUGAAGACAAAUUUACUAUAGACCCCAACACUGGUGUCAUCUCUUCUGCUGCUCCAUUUCCAUCUGGGGAGUAUAAUAUACUGACGGUAAAAGCUACAGAUGGUGGUAAUCCUACUCGAUCCUCUACUGUGAGAUUACACGUCCAAUGGAUUAAAAAUCCAGGACCUUCAGAAGAAUCUCUUGCAUUUGAUGAGCUACAAUUUGCCUUCGAAGUAAUGGAAACCGAUCCUGUGAACCACAUGUUAGGUCUGAUCAGUACAGAGCCAACGUACAGUCAUUGUUGGUUUGAUAUAACAGGUGGAAACAAUGACCUAGACUUCGACAUCGACAAGAGCACAAGUGGUUUGGUCAUUGCUCGACCCUUGCAGUCAAGCAGGAAAUCAUUCUACAACCUCACUGUACAGGUCACAGAUGGUUCCCGCUCAGUAAGCACCCAGGUUCACAUCAAUGUUCUACCGGUCAAUCACCACCGCCCAGAGUUUGUACAGGAUCACUACACAGUUCAGAUUCCUGAAGACGUGCACUUGGGGACCGAAGUGUUGAGAGUUAACGCAACAGAUAAAGACAAUAGGAUCAGCCUGGUCUAUACUAUACAAGGCAGUGCAGACCCGAGGAGUUCCAAAAUGUUCCGGAUGGAUUCCAAAACCGGUGCCUUGUACACUACAGAGACAAUGGACUAUGAGUCAAUGCCAAUUCACAUCCUUACUGUUAUGGUGCGAGACCAGGGGGCUCAAACUAAGCGAAAUUUUGUGCGAGUCACAAUUCAAGUAGAAGAUGUUAAUGACCAUUCACCUCACUUCAUUAGAUCUGUGUAUGAAGGAAGUGUCUCUGACUCUUCUACUGCAGGAGCUGAGGUGCUCCAAGUACGUGCCACCGAUAAGGACCAAGGACUCAAUGCAAACAUCCAGUACUCCAUACAGUCAGGUAACAAUGAAGGAUAUUUUAAUAUUGAUGCAGUUUCGGGUAUGAUCACCCUUGCAAAAGUACAAGAGCAAACAACAAAGAGACAGUUUUCCUUGACAAUUCUUGCAGUAGAUCAAGGCACACCACAACUUCAGGAUGUAGCCACAGUCAACCUGCAAGUCAAAACAUCUGAUGCAUCACCACCCAAAUUUAUCUCUACUGAACAUGUGGUAGAGAUAAGUGAAUCUGUGCCUAUUGGAUCUUUUGUUACUAUGGUAUCUGCAACCAGCUGCUCCUCCAUCAACUAUGACAUCAAGGAAGGGAACAAGGAAGGAGUUUUCUACAUCAAUUGCUAUUCAGGAAUUAUAACCACUCAAAAAAAAUUGGAUUUUGAAACAACCUCAUCCUAUCAGCUUAAGAUACGAAGUUAUAGCUCCCUUGGAUUUUUUAGCGACACAACAGUAUUUAUCUAUGUCAUUGAUGAGAAUGAUAACAACCCUGUCUUCUCACAAACUUCCUACUUGGGUCAAGUCAGUGAAGAUGCCCCAGUUGGUAGCAUGGUCACCAGUUUGGACCUCACUCCUCUCAUCAUUCAGGCUACUGAUAAUGAUACAGAGUUAAAUGCUUUGUUGAGUUACCAAAUCUUAGACCCUGAAAUACAGAAGUACUUUAAGAUCAAUCCACAUAUGGGGACAAUAUUUACUACAGCAGAACUUGAUUAUGAGCAGACCACCAUGUUUACUUUCUAUGUGCAUGUAUGCGAUUCAGGAAACCCAAGUUUGUAUGCCAUUCAGUCAGCCAAGGUUACCAUCCAGAUUAUUGAUGUCAACGAUUACCCACCUCAGUUCUUACAAGACAUGUAUGAACUGAAUGUAUUCUUACCAGUAUAUAACCAUAUGCAGCUCCUUACCUUAUUAGCUGAAGAUAAAGAUUCCAAAGUGCAGUACAGCAUCUCAGAAGGCAACACAGAUGGUGUAUUUUCGAUUUAUCCCAACACUGGCCUCCUUGUUGUCAAUGAUUUUUCCCUCUUGAGUUCUUACCGUGAGCUCUCAGUUAAAGCUUGGGAUGGGAUAUUCCAAGAUACCACAAUACUAAAACUUAAUGUGACUGGGAUGCAAAAAAGCAACCUCAAAUUUGAUCAGCCAUUAUAUACAGUCAAUGUUACUGAAAAUGAUCCUCGUAUCUUGGAUUUGAAGGUGCUAGAUGUGGUGGGAUGCCAACUAAAUGAGCCGGUUUAUUUCUCCAUUCUCACUAAUUUAGAACAUUUUCAGAUAGGUGCAUCUUCUGGACUUUUCCAAACUAAUGGCUUGGGGUUUGAUAGAGAGUAUCAAGACAAAUAUGAUGUUGUGGUGGAAGUAAAAGAUAGUAGAAAUCCACCUCGAGUGUCUCAAACUAAAGUUGAGGUUUAUGUAAAUGAUGUCAAUGACAAUUCUCCAGUUUUUAUCAACACCCCAUAUUAUGUAGCAGUAGAGGAUGACCUAGAACCCGGAGAUGUUAUUUUUCAAGUGUCUGCCAUAGAUAAAGACUUUGGGAGAAACAGUGAUCUGAAGUACCAGUUAAAAGAAGAUCACAAGUAUUUUCGGAUUGAUCCUUCACUUGGAGAUAUUAUUCUGAAACAACCCUUUGACUAUGAAGCAUUAAAUCAAUAUGUUCUAAAGGUCAUCGUCAGAGAUCACGGUAAAAUUGCAUUAGAAGCUGAAGAACAAGUGAUCAUCAUUGUCAGAAACAAAUCUAACCCAAUUUUUCAAAGUCUGUACUACAAAGUGACCGUGCCAGAAAAUGUACCAGCUUAUACUCCCAUACUGCACAUCCAGGCUCGGAGCCCAGAAGGUUUCCGUGUGAUUUACAAUAUUGUUGAGAAUGAGGCCCUUAGUCUAUUUAGCAUUGAUUUUAAGACAGGAUCCCUAAGUGUUGCAGGGCAAUUGGACUAUGAGACCAAACCAAGUCAUCUUCUCACUGUAAGAGCCACUGACUCAGCAUUGGGUUACUUUUCAGAAGCAAAGGUCUUAGUUAAUGUGGAGGAUGUUAAUGACCACCCACCCAUCUUCUCACAGUCUAUCUACACGAGCCAUGUCAUGGAAAAACUACCACCUUACAAGCCUGUGAUUCAACUUUUAGCUUUAGAUCAAGACUCAGGGAAAAACCAAGAGGUCUCAUAUCACAUAAUAGGUAAUGACACAGAAGGAACUCAUGAAUUCUUCCAUAUCAACCCCAAAACUGGUGAAAUCACCACUACCCAAGAGCUGGAUUAUGAAACCACCCGUCAAUUUCAACUAAAAGUGAGGGCUACAGACCAUGGUGUGCCCACUCUGUAUUCAGAUGUCCUGGUUAUCGUAAAUGUUACUGAUGUGAAUGACAACCCUCCAAAAUUCAGACAAAAACAGUAUGAGGCCAAUGUAAGCGAACAGGCCAACUGUGGACAUAUUGUUGUAAAAGUCCAAGCUCUCGACAUGGAUAAUAUCGAUGCUGGAAAGCUGGUGUAUCUGAUCCUUUCUGGCAAUCACCAUCGACAUUUCACCAUAAACAAGGCAUCUGGCGUUAUAUUCCUUUCCAACCUGUGCAGGAGUAGCUUAAAUUUGUCUUACCAUUUACAAGUUUCCGCCUCAGAUGGUGUCUAUAGGGAUAUUGUCCCAGUGUAUAUCAAUAUCACCCAUGCAAACAAGCAUACCCCAUUUUUUCAACAGGAUGUGUAUGAAGUAGAACUUGCUGAAAAUGCAGAAAUAGGGACAACGGUGGUUGAAGUACAAGCAAAUGAUCCCGAUGAUGGACUUUAUGGGACUGUGAAUUAUACAAUUAUAAAUAAACUGGCUUUAGAAAUGUUUUCCAUAGAUAAUAAUGGACGCAUAGCAACUUUGAGAAAAUUAGAUCGGGAGAAUGCAACGGAAAGGUUUAUUGCUAUUAAAAUCAUGGCCACAGAUGGAGGAGGACGAGCCUCAUUCUGCAUAGUCAAAAUUAUUCUGACAGAUGAGAAUGACAAUGCUCCGGUGUUUGCUGCAAAUGAGUACAUGUUAUCUGUCCAAUCUAACCUCAGUAAAGGGACCCCUAUUAUACAGGUGGUUGCGUACGAUGCUGAUGAAGGGCAAAAUGCUGACGUCACAUAUUCUAUAGAUAAAUAUGAUGAAGAUCUGGUUCAGAUUAAUCCCUACAAUGGGACCAUCAUUGCAAAAAAGAGUCUUUUUGGAUUAGAAAACAAAGAUAUCAGUUUUACAGUUGUAGCAAAGGAUGGGGCACCACCAAAUUGGAGCUCACUGGUACCUGUUCAUCUUUAUAUUGUGCCAACAGAGGUUGUUUUGCCAAAAUUUACAGAACCGCUAUACAGUUUUUCAGCACCUGAAGACAUGCCCACAGGUUCUGAAGUGGGUUUAGUAAAAGCAACGGCUACAGAACCGAUCAUCUACAGCCUGGUGGAAGGAACGACCCCAGAAAGUAACAAAGAUGGAGUGUUUAGUUUAGAUAAGCACACAGGAGCAGUGAUCAUGAAGAAGGGCAUUGACCAUGAGACAACCAAAUGGUACCAUAUAGAUGUUCAGGCCAAUAGUCCUCACUUGGGGAAAGAGUUGGUAAGCUUAGUGUCCAUGAGCAUCCAAGUGAAGGACAUCAAUGACAAUCGACCUGUUUUUGAAGCAGAUCUUUACAGAGCAUCACUAAUGGAAAAUAUGCCGGCAGGAACAACCGUCAUACAGGUGACUGCUAAUGACCAGGACACGGGCUUAGAUGGGAUAGUAGUUUACAGUCUAAAAGGAGAUAAAAAUGAGAUCCAUACAUUAUUUACCAUCGAUACCGACAAUGGUUGGAUCACAACACUUAAGGAGCUUGACUGUGAGAGUCAAGAGGUCUACCGUUUUUAUGUGGUAGCAUCAGAUCAAGGCAAAAAAAUAAGACUUUCUUCAGAAGCACUUGUGGAGGUCGUAAUUACUGAUGAUAAUGACAACCCUCCAAGGUUCACCUCUCAGGUCUACAGAGGAGCUGUAGCUGAAAACAGCCAACCGGGACAAGUCAUAACAACCAUCAAGACAUGGGACAAUGACAUGACUGAAAGCAACAGGAAAGUCACAUGUUAUAUAACAGAUGGAGACCAAUUUGGCCUCUUCAGCAUCAGUGAAGUUGGGAACCAAUGGGUGAUUUCAUCAAAGAAACCUUUGGACAGGGAAGAGACGGAGAGAUAUUUUUUGAGUGUGACGGCCUCUGAUGGGAAAUUCCAGUCAACUACUCAUGUGGAAAUCACUGUGUUGGACAUCAAUGAUAAUAGUCCUGAUUGUCAGCAGAUGCUUUACACAGCAAGGGUAGCCGAAGAUGCUCCUCCCGGUGUCUUCAUCCUCAAGAUAUCAGCCAGAGAUUCUGACAUAGGUAAUAAUGCCAUGAUCACCUAUGGACUUUAUGGGCUUGGAGAUGAUCAAUUUCGAUUGGAUCCAUACACUGGUGAGCUUACAACAUUGGCCCCAUUGGACAGAGAGAAGAAAGCCUCUUACCACAUGAUUGCCAAGGCCACAGAUGGGGGAGGAAUGUCAUGUCAAGCAGAUGUCAUCUUAUAUCUGGAUGAUGUUAAUGAUAAUAGCCCUGUAUUCUCCAUGGAUCACUACUCUGUCACGGUCUUCGAUAACACUACUUUGAAGACUCCUGUUGCAGUGGUUUCAGCCAGAGACUCUGAUGAAGGUUUAAACUCUGAAGUCCAAUAUUUUCUUAAAAACUCUGACAAUGGACUUUUCACAGUAGACGAAAACACAGGAGUGGUGUACCUGGAAAAACCUCUAGAAAACAUGGAAGAUAAUGUCAUUGAGUUGACCAUCUGUGCCACAGACCAUGGUUUGCCCCGUCCACUUUCAACAUGUCUACCCAUUUCAGUAUCUGUAGUAUCUCUGAGCUAUUACCGAUCAGUUUUUGGAAAUCCUGAAAAGAUCAUAAUGUUGCCAGAAGACCAGGCUGUAGGGUCGGAGAUCUUGAACUUGUCCGAGCUGACUCAAGACUUGGAGGACAAAGUAAAGAUCACGUAUGAAAUAUUAAGUGGAAAUGAAAAUGGGAUAUUCCUUCUGCAUGAUACAGGCAAGUUAUUCUUGAACAAGAAGUUGGAUUAUGAAUCUCAGCAUCAGUACUACUUGUCAGUUGAAGGCACAAGGGCGAGUUCUCCACCUCUAAGUGAUGUCACUCUUCUCGUGGUCAACAUCACCGAUGUAAAUGACAACAAGCCCAUCUUCAGCUUGGAGGAGUAUGAGGCUGAAAUACGAGAGGAUGCAGUUGUGGGCGACCUGAUUGUGAUGGUAUCUGCCGCAGAUCUGGAUGGACCGAACAACAAUAAGGUCACUUUCCAAAUUGUUAGAGGGGACCCUCAUGGCCACUUUUCAAUACACCCAGAGCGAGGAGACCUGAGAGUUUUAAGUCGACUGGACAGAGAGAAGAAAUCCAAAUAUGUCCUUGUGGUACGAGCCACAGACAAUGGUGUUCCAUCACUCUCCACUGAAGGAACUGUCCAUGUACAUUUACUGGAUGUGAAUGACAACCCUCCCAUGUUUCUACAGUCUAACUAUAGUCUUGUGCUUCAGGACGGUUCUCCAGCUGGAACUAGUGUUAUGACGCUUAUUGCAACAGAUAAGGACUCUCCUAAACACGGACCUCCCUUUAGUUUCCGAAUCCUUCAAGGAAAUGAGAACAAUUUUUUUUAUGUCAGCCAAGACGGUCUCUUAUCUACAACAUCUUCUCUCACCAGAAGUGUGAAGGAGAAGUAUUUGUUAAAGAUCCAGGUUACGGACAGUGGCACCCCCCACCUCUCUUCAUCCACCUUUAUCAGUAUUCAAGUCAUUGACCAAAGCCGACAUUCUCCUACAGUCUUGCCACUAGAAAUCUACAUUACCAGCAGUGAGACAUCAUUCCAUGGCAGUGUACUGGGCAAGCUUCAUGCCACAGACCAGGAUCCUCAUGACACAAUAAUGUACAGGCUGGCUGAAGAUGAAAUUAAGAAAGGCCUCUUUUCUGUAGGGAUAACAGAUGGCAAAGUUAUAGCACUUGAAAGUCUCCACCAAGGACAUUACUUCUUUAAUGUCACGGUCAGUGACGGGACUUUUUCAUCCACAGCUCCUGUACAUAUUUUUGUAUGGUGUUUUAGUGAUGAAUCUCUCCAGCAAGCACUAGUUCUGCGAUUCAAGAACCUAUCUCCAGAGGACUUCAUAGGUGACCACUGGCGAAGUUUUCAAAGGUUCCUUGGGAACCUUCUAGCAGUUGACCGCCAACAGAUUCAGAUGGCCAGUCUACAGAAGGAUGAGGAGUCUUCUUCUUUGGACCUAGUUUUGGUGACUGGAACUGGUUCUAACUCAUAUGGGAAUCCUCAAAUAAUGUCAGAGAAAAUCAGUGCAGCCAGACGGGAUCUUGACCAGACUGUGGGGCUACACAUUGACAGCAUAUUUUACCUGCCCUGUCAUGGAGCCCAGUGCAAAAGCCGCACAUGCCAUGAAGUGAUAAAGUUAGACCAGUCAGUAUUAUCUUCUUACAGCACUGCCCGGCUGAGCGUUAUUACACCACUGUACAGUCUACAACAAGUCUGCUCAUGCAACAGUACUGCCUUGCGGUUUGAUGGCCACAGUUUUUUGCAUUAUCACAAGGACAUCUCCAGAGGAUGGAAAGUCAAGCUACGUCUUAAGACCCGUCAACCCCAAUCGGUUCUGGUGAAUGUUAAUGGUUCUGUCUCAUCACUACUAGUGCUUGAUAAUGGUUUGCUACAUUAUAAGCAUCUCUGCCAAGGAGCUACCACCCAGAAUCUGCAUUUGGAGACACCAGUAAAUGAUGGAGCUUUGCACACCAUUAUACUGGAGGUAACAAGCUCCACUGUCAAACUGCAUGUAGACAAUGUAGACAUGGAGCAACCUCUACCACCAUGCACCGGACAAAGAUCACACCUGAUCAUCGGUGGACUCAUACUAGAGAAUGAUCUUGUCUUUCAAGGAUUUCAGGGUUGUAUGGAUGACAUCAGCAUAAAUGGGCAAACAGUGGAAAUCCUGGGAGCAGCUCUUCAUCAAAAAGAGAUAACACCAUGCUGCAAACAUAUGCAAGCCUGCAGCCAUGAGCCAUGUCCAAGUGGCAGAAUGUGUGUAGAGAUGGCCAAUGGAGGUUAUUCGUGUCUCUGCCAUUCACCAUUCUUGGGUCCUAAGUGUAAUCUGGAAACCGAUCCUUGUGCCACAUCUUCCUGUAUGCAAGGUAGAAUAUGCACUUCUAUGUCCAACGGUUUCACCUGUACCUGCCCCCCAGGAUUUGAGGGUGAAAGGUGUCAUAUUGCGGUGAGAAGUUGUGAAGAUGGUUCCUGUGGGCCGCCUGACCUCUGCACACCCAGCAGCACCUGCAAUUGCAGUAAUGUCAGUGGUGGUCAGUUAUGUGCAGAGGUGGAGGAGCCUGAAAAAGAUAGAAGAUUCCUUAUUACCGGAGCUCAGGAGAUUGUGGAGAUUCUAGGAGGUGUCCUUGCAGUCCUGUUCUUAGUGGGACUUUUUGUCAUCUUCAGAAAACGUAUUUGCAGACGAGCUGGUGCCCACAAACCUACCCCACAAGAAGAUCCAGACCUAAAGCAGUAUAUAUCCAGAGACAUAGGGGUGGGCACCCAAGGGGCACCCAUGGAACUUAACCUUCUCAGCUCUGUAGCUCGGAAUCAGUUGGAUGCUGAAGGUCAGUCAAGGAGAAACAAUAUUCCAGAGCUACUUACCUUCUGUAAACCACAUGGGACACGGGGUCCUGCUGUCUGCAGCGUGGCACCCAACCUACCUCCAGCACCUCCAUCCAGUUCUGACAACGAGUCAAUUGCCAAGAACCACUGGGACUGUGAAGACAGCAUGUAUGCAGGAGAUUCAUCAUUUUGGCAACCCAGCUAUAAUCCAGUGGAAAUGCAGAGAUAUCCACAAUCGAAAUCUGCAACCGCACCACCCAUUCCGCCUCUUCCAAAAGAACCGGAACAAGAGCCCUUAUUUGGUGGGUUCCCAUUUCCUUUAGAACCCAACAAGAGAGCCCCAAUCCCACCUUGUUAUAACAACCGGAACCUGGAUGAUUUCCUCCCACAACAAUCCACCUGCCAGGACCAAUACACGGCAAUCAGCUACUAUCCCUCAAAACUGGUGCCUCCCAAAGGCCUUUCUUACCCAGCUGAGGACGGACUCCGGCAUCUUAAUGUACGACUGAGUGUGGCACAGCCCUCCUAUGCAGACUGUGGUGCCCCGCCAAUGACCAAUGCAAAUUACCAGGCACAGGAUCUGGCAGAAAGUGACUAUGGCAGCUGUGAAGAAGUUAUGUUUUAAAGUUGGCCAGUCCUGUUGUUACAAUGAGAUGGAGAAGGUCACCAGAAGACCAAGAGAAAGAGAAGGGGCUAAACAUAAGGUUGCGGCAGAAAGACCAGAUGAUAUGGGUUCACUGCAACAAUUCAUUGGGAACUGCCAUGGGGUUCACACCUAUGCCACCAAGAGAACUUGUGUUUUAGUAUCCUGACAAGUAAAUCUGUAGAGACUUUUCAUUCCUACAGAUUGUGGGAUGUAUGAAUUAUUGACAAAGCUUAAUAUCUUAUAGAAAGAUAUAGAGUUCAUAUUUUCCUAUAACAUGCUGAGCAUGACACAUUUAAGUCCAGGUGACCUUAAAAAAGCUGCAUGGCACACAGUAUUAUUACCUCUGGCAGGGAAUUUGGUUGUGAGCCUUUUGUAGAUGACCUUACCCUAAAGUCUUUUUUUGGAGCACACACUCACAAAGCAAUAUAACCAAUUUCUUAUUAAACUAUAUAGGACCACAUUCUCAUUCUUGUUUGCUGUAGGUUGUUUGUAUGAUAAAGAAUAGUUUCAUUGCAAUGUUAUGUCAAAAAUACUGCAGCAAUAGAAAAGUCAUAGACCGAAAAGACAUCAAACUGGCAGUUCUCUAUCAUGACUAGAGGUGGCCAUACACAUUGGAAGGUUAGUCAAACCCGCUGGUUAAGUUUCAGUAUGCCCAAUUCUUUUUGGACAUAUGUCACCACCAGAGGUGUCUGCCAGUGGCUUCUUCUACUACAAAUUAAAAGGGUACUCCCCCCCAGACAUCUUAUCCCCUAUAGAAAGGAUAGGGGAUAAGAAGUCUGAUCGCAGGGGUCCUGCCGCUGGUGACCCAGGGCUCAAGUCCUUCAGGAACGCGUGGGAACUGAGUACCUGCACUUUUUCCACAGCAGAACCACCAUUCCCAUUAUCAGGACCAGCCCUUGAGUGGAAAUCUUGUGUGAGUUCCUGCACUUUUUCCCCAGGACUUGACCCCUGUGUGGACCCCCGCAAUCUCGGCUGCGGCACCCCAGACAUCUGGUGCACCGAGCAAACUUUGCUCCGUGCCGGAUGACUGGCGAUGUGGGGCGGAGGCUUGUGACGUCUUGGUCACGCCCUGCUCGUGACAUUACGGCUAUGCCCCCUCAAUGCAAGUCUAUGGCAGGGGGUGUGAUGACCAUCACGCCCCCUCCCAUGGACUUGCAUUGAGGAGGUGUGGCCAUAACAUCACAAGCAGGGCGUGGCUAUGACAUCAUGAGCCUCUGGUGCUGCACUUGACGCUCUUAAUGGGUACUCCACUGGAAAAAAUUUUUUUUAUUGGUGCCAGAAAGUUAAACAGAUUUGUAAAUUACUUCUAUUUAAAUAUCUUAAUCCUUCCCAUACUUAUCAGCUGCUGUAUGCUCCACAGGAAGUUAUUUUCUUUUUGAAUUUUCUUUCUGUCUGACCACAGUGCUCUCGGCUGACACCUCUGUCCAUUUUAGGAACUGUCCAAAGCAGGAGCAAAUUCCCAUAGCAAACCGAUCCUGUUCCAGACAGUUCCUAAAAUAGACAGA